UGUUGUAAUUUAUAUUUUUUUUUUUUAAACAGUGGAAUGACAAGACAAGCUACCCUUUUGAGGUGAUGUUAAUCCUCCUUUCAUUCUUCAUCGCAUGGAUUGAAGCCUGGUUUAUAGAUUUCCGUGUUUUACCACAGGAAGCAAGAGCGAAAUCCAUCCUUGAAGCCUCAAAUACUUGUGAUCAAUCUGAGAGUGAUCCACUCCUACCUCAGCUGGAAAGAAGAGUACGAGAUUACCUAAAUAAUUGCUCUGACACUGUGGGAGAUUUCUACUCUCCUUUGGAUUCACCUCUUGGGUCAGAUGAAGAAGAUGAAAACUGUUCACAGCUCAGUAGAAAGUUGUCACCUCAAGAAAUAGAAAUACAGAAUACUGGUUUUGGAGCUCUACAAAGAGCUUGGGAAACGAUUCAUUCAUCUGGCUGGAAGUUAGAGAAGGAAAGCUCUCACGGGGACAUAUAUACUCCAAAGAAGGCCCCAAAGGAUCCAGAAUAUAUAAGCUCACG